AUAUUUUUAUAUGAGCAUUGCUAUAAUCGGUUACCAGACACUUAGGUAAGCAUAGUUCCAACAUCUAAGGUACCACCGUUCAGUAACAAUGAUUAUCGUAUGUAUUUUAUGAGAAAAUAUGUCACCACUGAUGGUGUUUCACGCCUACACAUUUUAUUCUUUACUAUACCAUCAAAUGUAUAGCUAUAAUUUCUAAGAAUUUUAUCAUCGACUACCAGACGCUUAGGUAAGCAUAUUUCCAACAUCAAAGGUAUCACCGUACAGUAACGAGCGCUGUCGUAUGCAUUUUAUGAUAAAAAUGACACCACUGGAUGUGUUUCACGCCUACGUAUUUUAUUCUUUACUAUAUAACCGGUGAAACACUUCUUGUCCUGUCACAUUUGUUUUUUAAUUAUCAUUGACGUGCAGUUGUCUUUUUGAAAACCAGAAAUUUAUUAUUUAAUAAUUUACACGUAUAAAUAAAACCAUGAACCAGCAAGAUCAAGCAUCUUCUACACAAGGUAUGUAAAAUUUUCCAAUUAUAAACUUAUUUUAUUUUAAUAAAUUUAUUUUUAAAAUAUUUUUAAUUUUUAAAUUCAUUAAUUUAUUAAAAAAAAAAAAUGAGUACGAUAAAAAAUUUGUACGAGAAAUGUAUUAAGGAUUUCAAUGUCACAAGAGAUUACAAUUUUAAAUAUUGUAAUUGUGAAACCAAUAAAUGUUAUCAACAUAGGGCAUUAUUAAGAGAUGCCUACCAUACACGCCGAUAUAUCGACAUUUGGGCCAAUGUAGUGAUCAGUUAUUUCGUUAAUAAUGCCGAAUAUGAAAAAUAUGAUGUGAUUAUUAAUGAAUUAAUUGAACGCUCAUCGGUCGAUUUGGAGAUUUAUCUGCGUGAAUUAUAUGAAAGAUUAUUUAUCACGAAAUCUGAUUAUGGGCAUCAACGUUGGCUUAACGGUAGAAAAUUUAUUAGUAAUACUUAUAAUAAUAAUAAAAUUAAAACUAAAAGUUAUUGGACUAGACUAAUUUUUUUUAUAAAGGUUGAAAAUUAUGUUUACUUAGAUUAUUUUAAUUGCACGGAAAGAUUGAGCUUAUUUACAGGUAACAGUCAGAAGUUGAGGAGAGAAUUUAAACAUCGUCGUGCGAUAGAUCUUGUUUGUGUGUACAACUUAAUUGUAUCACAUAAACAAGAUGAAUGUACAAUGCCUAUCGUUAAUUUUAAUUCAGAUGGCGAGACUGUAGAUGAGUAUUCAGAGUGGAAUAUAUAAUUUGUAUAUAAUAUUAAUAAUACUUUAAUGCUAUCAUAAUUAGCAAUUGUUUCUAGUGUUAUGCAUGUGACAUGAUGAUGUACG